AUGGUCGUGGACGUGGACGUGAACGUGGACGUGGACGUGGACGUGGACGUGGACGUGGACAUGGUCAUGGACGUGGACGUGGACGUGGACGUGGACAUGGACGUGGACGUGGACGUGGACAUGGACGUCGACGUGGACGUGGAGGACUUGGACGUAGACAUGGACAUGGACGUGGACGUGAACAUGGACGUGGACGUGGACGUGGACGUGGACAUAGACGUGGACGUGGACGUGGACAUGGACGUGGACUUGGACGUGGACGUGGACGUGCACAUGGACGUGGACGUGGACGUGGACGUAGACGUGGACGUGGACGUGGACGUGGACGUGGACGUGGACAUGGUCGUGGACGUGGACGUGGACGUGGACAUGGUCGUGGACGUGGACGUGGACGUGGACGUGGACGUGGACAUGGACGUGGACGUGGACGUGGACGUGGACAUGGACGUGGACGUGGACGUGGACGUGGACGUGGACGUGGACGUGGACGUUGACAUGAACGUGGACGUGGACGUGGACGUGGACAUGGACGUGGACGUGGACACGUGGACAUGGACGUCGACAUGGACGUGGACAUGGACGUGGACGUGGACGUGGACGUGGAUAUGGACGUGGACGUGGACGUGGACGUGGACGUGGUCGUGGACGUAG